AAAAAAUUUUAUAGACAUAUAUAAAAUAAAUAAGGAUUUCAUAAAUGAUGGGUUGUCUUUAGUGUAGUUUUUUUCUUUUUGCUUACCUCUAACAAGAUCACUUAGAAGUACCGAUUUAUUAAUCCAUCUAAAAAUACUUUAUAGUACUUACUACUUCCUCAUUUGUUGUUAGAUUUUCAAUGGAAAAACUAUGGCUGUUUAAGUGAACUUUUAAGUAUCAUGAGCCACGAUGGAGAAAUUAAUUCAAAGUAAAGACAUGAGAUACAAAAAAGUAGAAUGGAUGAGUAUAUUAGAGUAUGUCAUACAAUGAAACAUCAGAGAGCAAUGAGAAUGAACAAACUACAACCCACACGAUGAUAUAGAUUCAUUGCACAAACAGGUUGAAUGAAAGAAGCCUGACAAGAUGCCAGUACACUGCGUGAUUCCAUUAUUCAGUUCAAAAAAGAGGCAAGACAGAUUUUUACAGUUAGAGAUUGGGAUAGUGUUUACAUUUGGUGUAGGGGGUGGAGGUGGGCAGGGACUAGAAGGAGGGGAAGACCACUAGAGUGCUGGUCACAUUCUGUAUCCGAAUCUGGGUUAUGUUACUUACAUGGGGGUGUGUUCACCCUGAAAAUUCAGUGCGGUGGGCGCUUUUCACUUCUCUCUAUUGAAGGAAAAAGUAUUGCAAAUAACAUGGCAGUUGGGCCUGUGGAAUUACCUUGUGUGUUGUACUGAAGAACACAUCAGUGUGGUUCAUCUUUUGAAAAGUGAACUCAGGUCGUCAUCCUUAUUCGGUGUAGUGGAAAGAGUUUGGGAAUUGGAUUUAUAGGACUGAGUUCCACUUGGGGAAAUGUUAUUAUAACCUCCCUGAGAGAUGUAAAAUGGAGCUCAUAAUUAGGUGCUCACAAAAUUGCUGUAGAACAGAGUCACCAUCCUCCCAGAACUCAGGAUGGACCAUGUGCAAAACUACAAUGAAGUGAUACUUCAGCAGUAUCCCAAGUGGCAAAGAAUUUAACACUGCCUUUUUGAAGUGAGAGUAUGCGCCAGAACCACGUAUCCCAUUAAGGCCAUAUAGGAAAGCUAUGCUUGCAGUUAAUUUAAGAUAUUGAGAUGCUUAAAUUGUAUCUUAAGGUUAGUUUAGAAAAACUGGUGUCAGAAAACAACUGCCAAAACACCCGGUACCCCAGGAGGAAUGUCGUGGUAGUACUGGGUAUUAUGGGACUUGUAGUUUCGGACGCCGCGGGGCAUUCCCACUCAUCUCCACCCCAAUCCUUUCGGACUGGCGAGAAAAAGGUGAGUAGCUGGUCAGUGAGCUCAGGACCUGCGGGCUGGCGGAGCGGCAUCCUCGAGGGAGAAUCAUCCCCACACUCCUCCCGCAGCAGGCAGUCGGGCUGCGAGGCGGGCGCGCGGUGAUGGCGUCACCUUCCGGUGCCGCCGUCUUGGUUUCCCUGACGACCGGCGUGAGCUCCGCGCCGAGGCGAAGGAGAUGCUGGCGAGGCGGCAGCGCGAUCCCCUCCAGUCACUGCAGCGUCGCAAUCAGGAGCUGAAGCAGCAGGUUGAUGAUUUGCUUUCUGAGAGUCGAUUGAAAGGAGCUCUAGAAGCCAGUAAAAGACGAGAUAUUUACCAAAGAUGUAUCCAAUUAAAACAGGCAAUAGAUGAAAAUAAAAAUACUCUUCAAAAAUUAAGCAAAGCUGAUGAACCUGCCCCUGUUGGGAGUUACAAUCAGAAGAAAGAGGAGGAACACAAUCUUUUGGAUAAGCUUACCCACCAACUGCAGGAACUUGCUGUGUCCAUAAGUAGAGAAAAUGUCACUGAAACUGGGGCGCUUACUGAAGGAGAGGACGAUGACAGUUCUGCUGAAGAAGAUGAAGAAGAAGAAGAUGAUGAUGAAGAGGCCGCAAGUGGAGAAUACGUUGCUAUUGGAGAUUUUACGGCUCAGCAAGUCGGAGACCUUACAUUUAAGAAAGGGGAAAUUCUCCUUAUAAUUGAAAAAAACCCUGAUGGUUGGUGGAUGGCUAAGAAUGCCAAAGGAAACAAAGGUCUUAUUCCCAGAACGUACUUGGAGCCCUAUAAUAAAGAAGAAGGCCCGGAGUCUAGUGAAGAAGGCAGUGAAGAAGAUGUAGAGGUGGGGGAUGAAACGGCAGAAGGAGCAGAAGUUAAACAAAGAACCGAUUCUCAUUGGAGUGCCGUCCGAAAAGCCAUCUCAGAGCAGAUUAACACCGUUGACGUACUGACCACGAUGGGAGCUAUUCCUGCCGGGUUCAGGCCUUCCACCCUCUUCCAGCUUCUGGAGGAAGGGAAUCAAUUUCGAGCAAGUUACUUCUUACAACCAGAGCUCACUACUUCACAACUGGCCUUCAAAGAUCUAAUGUGGGAUGCUAAAACGGGCUCUAUUAGGUCAAGACCAAGUCGUGUUUCCUUGAUUCUGACCCUCUGGAGCUGUAAGAUGAUUCCUCUUCCAGGAGUGAGCAUCCAGGUUCUGAGCAGACACGUGCGCUUCUGUCUGUUUGACGGCAGUAAGGUUCUGAGCAACAUUCAUACAGUCAGGGCCACGUGGCAACCUAAGAAACCCAAAACAUGGACCUUUUCUCCCCAGGUUACUGGCAUCUUGCCCUGCUUGCUUGAUGGUGACUGUUUCAUCAGGUCUAAUUCUUCUUCUCCAGAUCUUGGAAUAUUAUUUGAACUUGGAAUUUCUUAUAUUCGCAAUUCAACUGGUGAGAGAGGAGAAUUAAGUUGUGGCUGGGUGUUUCUUAAACUUUUUGAUGCCAGUGGAAUUCCUAUUCCAGCAAAAACUUAUGAACUCUUCUUGAAUGGAGGUACCCCUUAUGAAAAAGGUGUUGAAGUGGACCCUUCAGUAUCCAGAAGAGCACAUGGUAGUGUUUUCCAUCAGAUGAUGACAGUGAGAAGGCAGCCUCAGCUUCUAGUAAAACUGAGAUCUUUGAACAGAAGAUCAAGGAACAUGCUAAGUCUACUGCCGGAAACAUUAAUUGGAAGUAUGUGCUCCGUUCAUUUGUUGAUAUUUUAUCGCCAGAUUCUUGGUGACGUGCUCCUGAAAGACAGGAUGAGCAUGCACAGUGCUGAUUUAAUUAGUAAUCCAGUGCUGGCCACCUUCCCCAGGCUCCUGGAGCAGCCCGACCUGAUGGACGCGCUCAGGAGUUCCUGGGCUGAGAAAGAGAGUACCUUAAAAAGAUCAGAGAAGAGAGACAAGGAGCUCCAGAAGGCCGUGUUCCUCCUGGUUUACCACGACUGCGCGCUUCCCCUCCUCCACUCUGCGCUCCUGCCUCCGUUCAGGUGGGCAGAGGAGGAGACCGAGGCCGCGCGAUGGAAGGUCAUCGCCGACUUCCUCAAGCAAAGCCAAGAAAACGAGGGCGCCCUCCAGGCUCUGCUGUCGCCAGCGGGGCUCCAUGAGCCUUUCGACAUUUCAGAGCAGACCUAUGACUUCUUGGGUGAGAUAAGAAAGGUCGCAGCCUGACAGCGGUGCCCCUUGACCUUCCACUUCCCGCUGAAUCUGAUAGACCCUCCAUGACAACCUGCAUCACGUGAGAAAACCAGAAGUAACUGUCCCAUCAUAACCUAGGCUUUAUUCUUUUUUGUUCAGGCCACAUUCUAUAAGAAAUAUUUAUCUGGUAAUUUGAAUAUGUGUUAAUACAAUGAAGUAAAUUUUUAUGAGAAAUACUAUUAUAUCUAAAUUUAAAGAGAAUUUUUUUUCAAAAACCAACUAACAAAUUUUUGUUUUGUUUUUCUUUUUCUUUUUUAUUGAGUAUAGUUGAUUUACCAUAUUAUGAAAGUUUCAGGUGUACAAUAUAGUGAUUAACAAUUUUUAAAGAUUAUACUCCAUUUAAAGUUAUUAAUACUGGCUAUAUUCCCUGUGCUGUACAAUAUAUCCUUGUAGCUUAUUUAUUUUAUACUUAAUAGUUGUGCCUCUUAAUCCCCUACCCCUAUCUUGCCUCUCCCCACUGGUAACCACUAAUUUGUUCUCUAUAUCUGUGAGUCUGUUUCUUCUUUUCUUAUUGAAGUAUAGUUGGUUUACAAUGUUGUGUUAAUUUCUUCUGUAUAGCAAAGUGACUCAGUUAUACAUAUAUAUACACUCUUUUUCAUAUUCUUUUCCAUUAUGGUUUAUCAUAGGAUAUAGUUCCCUCUGCUAUGCAGUAGGACCUUGUUGUCCGUCCAUUCUGUAUGUAACACCAAGUAACAAAUUUAAGUUAACUGUAUCUAUAGAUUUAUAUGGAAGCAAGAUUUUAUCAAAAGCUAAAUUUAUGACUAUUCAAGGAAGUGAAAAUAUAAUCUACAGACUAGGAGAAGAUAUUUGCAAAUGAUAUAUCUGAUAAGAGUCUAGGACCCAGAAUAUAUUAAAUAUAUGAUUUUGCUAAUAAACUUUGUGUUGUGAAAUGUAGGGGAAAUCAGAGUAAUCUAUUUGAGAAAGUUGUGCUAUUAAUCACUGAAUUCAGUCUAAUAUUUGAAUGUGGUUUAUUCUAAUUAGAUAUAAAAACAGAAUCUAGUUUUACCUUUUCAAGUCCAUAUAAUUGGUGCUCUUAAAAAGAAAAUAAAACAAAACAAAAAAACACCUCCAGGCUUUGGGGACUAAGUUAUCCCACCCCUGUGUCAAAGAACAAAGAUUUUGUUGCAUUUCAAAUAAACCUGUGACUGCCAGUGAAUUGUCCCAAGCCUUCACUGUGAGUGAUAACAGUACGGAUGGCGUUUGUUGAGUGCCUGCUGCGUAGUUCUCAUUUACUAGGUUAGCGCUCACAGCUACUAUAGGAGGCCAGCACUGGUGUUUUCCUGUAUUACUACAGCUGAAGAAACAGGCCAGGCAGAUUCGAUAAUUUUCCUAAAGUCAGAGCUAGUAAGUGGCACAGCUGAUGUACCUCGUAGAGACACCAUGUAUCAUCUGCAACCUAAGACACUCCCCUCAUCAGUGCAAACAUUUAGGAAUUGCAUGUGAAAAUAAAACAUGAGAAGGCUAUUGGAAGAAAAAGACGAUCAUAUUAGAGUUUAACCUAAACUAUCAGAGCACCAACUGAGGAACUUUUUUGGACAGCGUGCUGCCUUAAAGGAGGCAUUUACUUUUAGAGAUCCAUUGUAUUAUGAAACUCCUGGGCUACAUCUUUAGUCAGCUUCCGCUAAACCCUUAACCGAAACUCAACGUGGGCCUUCAUCUCCGAACUUAACAUGGUAUGAAAGGGCUUCCAGCCACAGAUGUCAUGAGAGAACAUGGCCUCGGAGAAGAGAUUUCACUACGUCUCCACCGCCCCCCCCCAGACCCCACCCCAUGCCCUCAGUGACGUGUGGGAAACCAUCAUGACGAGCUGCCUGUCCCCUUCCCAGGGCGGUGCCUCUCUCCCUCUGGGACCAUGGCCCUCCACAGCUCCUGCUGCAGGAGAGGGGUUCCCGCCUGUGUAAAUGGAGGUGGCGAGCGUAUGUACAGAGAUUUCCCGGUUCUGUCAGAGUUGUCUCAUCUUAGGUCCCUGCUAUCUGGUUUGAGAGAACAUGAAACCAUGUCACUCCCCGUUGCGAAGGUCAUUUUUCUGUAGACUCUUUAAUUCCUAACUGCCACCUUUUACUUUUUCUAAUCAUUUAGCUUAUUCUUAGCAUCAAGCCAGAGGUGGGGCAUUCUGAGUGAAAGAAAAUAUUGCUGGUGAAUUCCUUUCAGUGAAUGCACGGCGUGGAGCGAGGGAGCUUUCCUUAGAGGGUGUUUUCACAGACUGUCUUCUGUGUUCAUUUGAAAUGUGUCGUGCUUGACGAAUGUGGCCAACUUCAGGGUUUCUGACACAUAAGCAAAACACCGAGACAGGCGAGAAAACAGUUUCAGUCAUGCUCAGGCCCAAAAGGAAGGCGCGGAGGCAGUUGGCCCGCAAGGAGGAGGCUGUUCCGCAGGGGUGAGCGUGUCUCUGCCAUCGAGAGGCUGAAGUUCCCUCCUCAGUCAGUGGAGGCUUUUUUUUUCAAAACAAUGAAACCUCUCUGGCUUUAUAAUGCCACCUUUUAGCUUCCAAAACAGGAAGAGGCUGUCAAGGAGCCAAAAACAUCCUGGAAAUGAGUCCUUGGGGGUCCGCAUGUCAAGGAGCGUGACUUGGCAACACACCGACUUAACCGAGAACUGAAGCGGGGGAGCGGCAAGACGGCAGCAAGUAUGGGGUGCCUCCCUGUGAGGGGGGGGGUCCCCACAUCAGAAUCACAGGUCGGGGCAGGGGGACCUUCCCUGGCGGUCCAGUGGUUAAGACUCCACCUUCCAGUGCAGGGGGUGUGGGUUCGAUCCCUGCUCGGGGAGCCAAGAUCCCACAUGCCUCGCAGCCAGAAAACCAAAGCAAAAAACAGAAGCAAUAUUGUAACAAAUUCAAUAGAGACUUUAAAAAUGGUCCACAUCAAAAAAAAAAAAAAAAUCUUAAAAAAAAAGAAAAAAGAACCAUUGUGGAGGACGGGGGG